AUGUCCCCUCAUGACAACGCGGACCGUCGAUCAGAAUCAGUCGCCGAUGCGGUGACUGCGAUGAAGCUGGAGCCCGGCAGAGCGCCCGAAAACCCGGUCCUCAGCGGCGGAGGCGCCAUGAUUAAGGAUGAAUUGUCGGAUGCGGCCUCCAGUGCCUUCCCCGUCGCUGCUCUGAAGGACAAUCACAAUCACGCUGCGGCUCAAUCACGUCCCUCGUCUCGGUGUCCGGCCAAAAAGGAAGAGAAUGGCGAGGACGAAUCCAAUCCGAUAGCCACGGAGAGGGACCAUGCGGACAGUGUGGAGGAAAAAGUCGGGGGCGACAUCAUUGUCAAGCUGGAACCCGGACAUCCUCCCAAGCUGACCCGGAGCUCUUCACAGAAGGUUGUUGCGAGGCCACCGCAGCUGUUCUCCCAGCUGCCAAAUAGCACGGGUGAUGCCGAGGCGACCUUCGAGCUUAUGGACACAUGCACCUAUGCCAAUAAAUUCAUGGGGUAUACUGAACACGCGAUGGAAUGCGAUUGUGCAGAGGAAUGGGAGCCCUCGAUCUCCAGAAAUGUGGCGUGCGGUGAAGAUUCGGACUGCAUUAACCGUGCAACCAAGAUUGAAUGUAUGGGCGACUGUGGAUGUGGACCAGAGUGCCAGAAUCAACGGUUCCAACGCAGGGAAUAUGCCCCUGUAGCUGUGAUCAAGACGGAAAAGAAGGGCUUCGGGCUCCGGGCGGAGGCCGAUCUGCGACCGCACCAGUUCAUCUUCGAGUAUGUGGGCGAAGUCAUCAACGAGGGCCAGUUUCGACGCCGGAUGAGGCAAUAUGACGAAGAGGGGAUCAAGCAUUUUUACUUCAUGUCCCUCAGCAAGGGCGAGUUCGUCGACGCAACCAAAAAGGGCAAUCUGGGCCGUUUCUGUAAUCACUCAUGCAAUCCCAACUGCUAUGUCGACAAGUGGGUCGUCGGGGAAAAGCUCCGCAUGGGCAUUUUCGCUGAACGGCACAUUCAGGCGGGCGAGGAACUCGUCUUCAACUACAAUGUUGACCGCUACGGGGCCGAUCCUCAGCCAUGUUACUGCGCGGAACCCAACUGCACGGGCUACAUUGGUGGAAGAACCCAGACGGAGCGGGCCACGAAGCUGUCGAACGCUACGAUCGAGGCUUUGGGCAUUGAUGAUGCCGACGGCUGGGACACCGCAGUUGCUAGGCGGCCGCGCAAGAAGAAGAUGGGUGAGGAUGACGAGGAGUAUGUGGACAGUGUGCAGCCGAAGUCUUUAGAAGAAAACGGGGUCACCAAGGUCAUGGCAGCCCUGAUGCAGUGUAAGGAGAAAUGGAUUGCAGUGAAGCUCCUGGGACGCAUUCAGCGCUGCGACGAUGAGCGCGUCUACAACCGGGUGGUGAAGAUGCAUGGCUACCAGAUCCUUAACUCCCAGCUUGCCAUGUGGAAGGAGGAUUUCAACGUGGUGUUCCAGAUCUUGAACGUCCUGGAUAAGUUCCCUCGUCUGACGCGGAAUAAGAUCAUCGACUCCAAGAUCGAAUCCACCAUCCAGCCACUGACCAGUUGCGGGGAUGAGCACGUGGAGACCAAGGCUGCGAUGUUGCUGCAGGUCUGGUCCACGCUUGAGGUGGGCUAUCGCAUCCCCCGUAUGAAGAGGGAUCCCAACGCCGCCACACCGGCCGUCAAUCAGUUUGGACGGCGAGAGACCACUCGGGAUGAGCGGCGGCGGUCCAAGUCACGGUCGAGAUCCCGAUCGAGGUCAAUCGAGGCCCCUCGUGGCCCGGCGGCCCAGACGCGAGGAGGUCUCGGACAGAGGAACACCCAUCAUCAUGGCCCUCGGCCCUUUCGGCGGCAGUUCAAUCCCUUGCCCCCCGGGUGGUUUGCGGCCGAAUCGAACGGGAGGACAUAUUACUACUCGGCUCGCGGUGAUACUACGUGGACGCGACCAACGAAGCCCGCACCUCAGCUGCUCCUGCCCCCGAAGGAGUCGAGGGACAAGGCGCUACAGGACAUCAUUGAUGGCAUCAUGAAUGCUAAGGAGAACACCCCCAAAGAGAAGAGCGGUACCCCAGUCACCCCACAGACCUCGAGCAAGCCUACCCCGGAUAAGAAUGAUGGACAGGAUAAGUGGCGGAGCUAUAGUGAAGAAAAGCGGAAGAAAAUCUACGAGAACACGUUAUAUCCCCAUGUCAAGUACGUCGUGGACAAGUUUAAGCACAAGCUUCCAAAGGACGACCUCAAGCGCUAUGCCAAAGAUGUGGCCAAGAAACUGGUCAAUUCGGAUUUCAAGAACAACCGUGUCGGGGACCCUACCAAGAUUGACGACAAACAGCAGAAGAAGGUCAAAAGGUUCUGCAAGGAGUUCUUCGACAAGGCCGUGAUUAAGCACCGGGCAUACGAGCAGCGCAAGACGGAGCGACAGUCGAAGGAGGCCGACUCCAGGCCGGAUGACGGGGCAGCGGAUCGGAUGGAGGAUGUCGGGCUGGACGUGAGAAUGUCGGAUGACGAGGAAGACGACAAGGCCGUGGCACAGGACGAGGAAACGGACGAGCUGCAAGGCAACCUCAAGCGCAAGAGGGAGAGGGACGAUGCGCCAGGCACGGGCGAUGGAAGCACGACCGACUACACCACGCCGACCUCCUCCAAGAGACAGCGAUCCUCCACGCCGCCGCCGCCGCCCCCUCCCCCGAUGAGCCCCGGGGGCCACGACGAGCCCGACGAUCUGGACGAGGCUCGACAACCCCAAAGCGGCGACGACAUCAACAUGAAGAGCGAGACCGACUCCCCUCCGCCGCCUCCCCCUCCCCCUCCGUUGCCCGCGCAAGACGUCGAGGCCGAACACCCCGGCUUCACCCCCGAGGAGGGUGCCAACGAGCUCCCCCCUUCGCAGUUUGGUAUCGAAGGCCACGUAUAG